UACCAAAAUGGUCAGCAAAUCCAUAUCAUUUCUACCCCUAUUUAUUGUACAAAUUAUUCCUUAAAUGGUAAGUCAGUGAAUAAUAUGAUAUAUAUCCCUUUUUGUGAAAUCAAAAGACUUCCACAAAAUUUUGAUUUAUCCUUGUUCACUUUUGUCUGAUAUGUAUGAAUCUACUAGUAGCUUCUUUGCAGCUGUUGAAGCACAAAUACCGGAUUCAAAAGUUUGGUGGUUGGCAAAUCUUGGAUCUUUUUGGGACUGAUUUAUUGAAAUUCAAAGGGGUAAUCGGAUUUGGGGUUGUUCUAGAAAGGUGAAAGUUUUUUGGGUUGGGUUGGGUUGGGCUUGUUUGUAUUAAAUAAAUAUUGGAAAAGAAGAAGGAGGAUGGCGGUUCAAUGGAGUAUGACACUGUGGAUGGCUAAGAUGGUGUGGAUGGCAUUGAGUGCUUGGGUUGUCUCUUGCUUCACUAUUGCUGAUGAGGUUGCUGCCUCGUUGAGAACCGGUGAUAUUGGUCCUUUUCAUGUUGGUUGACUGCUUUUCUACACAACAAUCAUGUUGAUGUGGGUCAUUUGUGGAUAGUGUUUUCCUUUUUGCUCUUCUCUUUUGUUUUCAUUUUGUGAAUUGUUGCUUGCUUCUUACAGAUUUUGUAUAUGUAUCAUUUACAGUGCUUCAACUAAUUUGAAUACUAUGUAUUUCCUCUCAGAUAAUUCAUUUGUUACAGCUACACCUGCA